UGGGGAAGAAAUGCGGAAAACAUACGAUGUGUAUUUACCCUGAAGGAAAAGUGGGAGCAGCUUGUAAAGGAUUCCUGAACGUACCUUUCACUGACGGAGAAAUUGAAGCGAUCGUUGAUAUGCAUAACACAAUAAGAAAUAAGGUAGCACUAGGAUUGGAAACCAGAGGCGACCCCGGACCUCUUCCGCAGGCAUCCAACAUGAAAGCCUUAGAAUGGGACCAUGAACUGGCUCUUGUGGCAGGUCGAUGGGCCGACCAGUGCAUCUUCACUUACGAUAUAUGUAGAGAUGUCGCGCGAUAUCCAGUUGGACAAAAUAUUGCGAAAGGAAGUUACGCCUUCAAUAAUGCCAUUUCGUUCAUCUUUGACUGGUACGAUAGUGUUGAUAUGUUGAAAGAGGAAGACAUAAGAUUUUUCAAGAUCAAGUCCACUGAUGCUUUGUCCCAAUUUACACAACUAAUAUGGGCGGAAACCUACCAAAUUGGUUGCGCAAGGGUUGUUUUUCAACAAGCAAACGGCGCAAAUGUUACCUACAGGGAACAGUUCAUCUGCAAUUAUGGGCCCACAGGAAACAUACCAAGCCAGACAAUAUACAAAAUUGGCGAGCCCUGUUCCAACUGCGCAGAUGGUACUGCUUGUACUGUGGAGUAUCAGGGAUUGUGCGGGCGUGAAAUGGCUUUCGACAUCUCUUUGGAGAGGCAUGUGGAGAAAAAGAAUCGGGUCCAAAAUGACGACAAUGGAAGCCGGUUUGGUGGUUCCAACAUUUUUUUGAAUAUUUUUUACUAUACCCUCUCGAUGUAUGUGAUAUUACUGUAAAACAGUGUCUAUUUUUACAUUGGCCCGUUUGUAUAUUUUUUUAUUUUUAUUAUAUUUUGAUGUUUACUUUGU